AUGAGGAAAGGUCUCCCGGCGACAGCGGCCCGCUGCGGACUGGGACUGGGAUACGUGCUGCAAAUGCUCGUGCUACCUGCCCUGGCCCUGCUCAGUGCCAGCGGUACCGGCUCGGCCGCUCAAGAUGAUGACUUUUUUCAUGAACUCCCAGAAACCUUUCCAUCCGAUCCACCUGAGCCUCUACCACAUUUUCUUAUUGAGCCCGAAGAAGCUUAUAUUGUGAAGAAUAAGCCUGUGAACCUGUAUUGUAAAGCCAGCCCCGCCACCCAGAUCUACUUCAAGUGCAAUAGUGAAUGGGUUCAUCAGAAGGACCACAUAGUAGAUGAGAGAGUAGACGAAACCUCUGGUCUCAUUGUCCGGGAAGUGAGCAUUGAAAUUUCCCGCCAGCAAGUGGAAGAACUCUUUGGGCCGGAAGAUUACUGGUGCCAGUGUGUGGCCUGGAGCUCGGCGGGCACCACAAAGAGCAGGAAGGCCUAUGUGCGCAUCGCAUAUCUACGGAAGACAUUUGAGCAGGAACCCCUGGGAAAGGAGGUAUCCUUGGAACAGGAAGUCUUGCUCCAGUGUCGACCACCUGAAGGGAUCCCAGUGGCUGAGGUGGAAUGGUUGAAAAAUGAAGACAUAAUUGACCCCGUUGAAGAUCGGAAUUUUUAUAUUACUAUUGAUCACAACCUCAUCAUAAAGCAGGCCCGCCUCUCAGAUACUGCAAACUAUACUUGUGUUGCCAAAAACAUUGUUGCCAAGAGGAAAAGCACGACUGCAACUGUCAUAGUCUACGUAAAUGGUGGCUGGUCCACCUGGACAGAGUGGUCUGUGUGUAAUAGCCGCUGUGGACGAGGGUAUCAGAAACGCACAAGGACCUGCACCAACCCAGCACCACUCAAUGGUGGUGCCUUCUGUGAAGGGCAGAGUGUGCAGAAAAUAGCCUGUACCACCUUAUGCCCAGUGGAUGGCAGGUGGACUUCAUGGAGCAAGUGGUCUACUUGUGGGACCGAGUGCACACACUGGCGCAGGAGGGAGUGCACGGCACCAGCCCCCAAGAACGGAGGCAAGGACUGUGAUGGCCUCGUCUUGCAAUCCAAGAACUGCACUGAUGGGCUGUGCAUGCAGACUGCUCCCGAUUCAGAUGAUGUCGCUCUGUAUGUUGGCAUUGUGAUAGCUGUGAUAGUUUGCCUGGCCAUUUCUGUAGUUGUGGCCCUAUUUGUGUAUCGCAAGAAUCAUCGUGACUUUGAGUCUGAUAUUAUUGACUCUUCGGCGCUCAAUGGAGGCUUUCAGCCUGUGAACAUCAAGGCAGCGAGACAAGAUCUCCUGGUGGUACCCCCAGACCUCACAUCAGCUGCCGCCAUGUACAGAGGACCUGUCUAUGCCUUGCAUGAUGUCUCAGACAAAAUCCCAAUGACCAACUCUCCAAUUCUGGAUCCACUGCCCAACCUGAAAAUCAAAGUGUACAACACUUCCGGUGCUGUCACCCCUCAAGAUGACCUGUCUGAGUUUGCAUCAAAGCUGUCUCCUCAGAUGACCCAAUCUUUGUUGGAGAACGAGGCGCUCAACGUGAAGAAUCAGAGUCUAGCAAGGCAGACGGAUCCAUCUUGUACUGCAUUUGGCACCUUCAACUCUCUCGGGGGUCACCUGAUUGUUCCCAAUUCAGGAGUAAGCUUGCUGAUUCCCGCUGGGGCCAUUCCCCAAGGGAGAGUCUACGAAAUGUAUGUGACUGUACACAGGAAAGAAAAUAUGAGGCCACCCAUGGAAGACACUCAGACACUCUUGACCCCUGUGGUGAGCUGUGGGCCUCCGGGAGCCCUGCUGACCCGCCCCGUCAUCCUCACUAUGCAUCACUGCGCAGAUCCCAAUACUGAGGACUGGAAGAUACAGCUCAAGAACCAGGCAGCACAGGGGCAGUGGGAGGAUGUGGUUGUGGUUGGAGAGGAAAACUUCACUACCCCCUGCUACAUUCAGCUGGAUGCAGAGGCUUGCCACCUCCUCACAGAGAACCUAAGCACCUACGCCCUGGUGGGGCAGUCCACCACCAAAGCUGCCGCAAAGCGCCUGAAGCUGGCCAUCUUUGGACCACUCUGCUGCUCGUCUCUGGAGUACAGUGUUCGAGUCUACUGUCUGGAUGAUACCCAGGAUGCCCUGAAGGAGGUAUUGCAGCUUGAGAGACAGAUGGGAGGACAGCUCCUAGAAGAACCUAAGGCUCUUCAUUUUAAAGGCAGCACCCACAACCUGCGCCUGUCAAUUCACGAUAUCACCCAUUCCCUCUGGAAAAGCAAAUUGCUGGCAAAAUAUCAGGAAAUUCCUUUUUAUCAUAUAUGGAGUGGGUCUCAAAGAAACCUCCACUGCACUUUCACCUUGGAAAGAUUCAGCCUGAACACAGUGGAACUGGUUUGCAAACUCUGCGUGCGACAGGUGGAAGGAGAAGGGCAGAUCUUCCAGCUAAACUGCACCGUGUCAGAGGAGCCUACUGGCAUCGAUCUGCCUCUGCUGGACCCAGCGAGCACCAUCACCACCGUGACGGGACCCAGUGCUUUCAGCAUCCCUCCACCUAUCAGACAGAAGCUCUGUAGCAGCCUGGAUGCCCCGCAGACGAGAGGUCAUGACUGGCGGAUGCUGGCCCAUAAGCUGAACCUGGACAGGUACUUGAAUUACUUUGCUACCAAAUCGAGCCCGACUGGCGUAAUCCUGGAUCUCUGGGAAGCACAGAACUUCCCAGAUGGAAAUUUGAGCAUGCUGGCGGCUGUCCUGGAAGAAAUGGGAAGGCAUGAGACAGUGGUGUCUUUAGCAGCGGAAGGGCAGUACUGA